GCGCCCGGGUGACAACGCCAUUGCCAUGACGCUGAGCUCGGUCGCCGCGACGCUGGCGACGCUCGCCGCGCUGGCCGCGCUGCUGGUGCCGCCCGCCGCCACGAGGCCCGCCCAGCACGACAUGGGCCUGCUCAAGGGCCACGCCGCCGACGGGCUCGGCCUGGGCCUCGGCAUGGGCGGCAUGGGCUUCGGCCGGCCCGCGCUCGCGCUCCCCUACCUCGGCCAGGACGACGACGACCUGCCGCUCAUCGGCAAGCGGGCCGUGGACGUCGGCCGCGGCGGCGGCGGCGGGGCCGUCGCCAACCUGGUGGCGCACCAGGACCUCGGCAGCCAGGACUCGACGGACUACGGCAGCAGCUACGACGAGUUCCCGAUGAUCGUGCCCAGGCGCGCAGAGAAGCGCGCCGCCAUCAUGCUGGACCGCAUCUUCGGCAUGAUGAAGGACGCCGUGAACGGCGACCCCAACACGGGCCUGAAAGCCAUCGCUCCGGACGACAGGAUGGACCUCCAGCGCCGCGGGCAGCAGAAGGGCCGUGUGUACUGGCGGUGCUACUUCAACGCGGUCACGUGCUUCCGCCGGAAGUGAGGCGGAGGAAGAGCGGAGGUUCAUCCCCAAGCUUAUCAUUAGAGGUUUUUAUCUUUCGCGACCGGUGAGGAAGUGACCACCCUCUCGCAUUGCUCGACGUCCUGGAUGGACUCGGACAACGUACGGACAUGUCGGAUGCCCAAAGGAGAAAAAAAAUAUCAAUUAUAAAUAACGAGAGAUCGAAUGCGUUCGCUUGCACCAAUUUUUUUCUUUACGGUUCGGUCUGGUGGGAUGACGCAAUCAAUAGUCACGUAGUGACCUGGGCUUAUCUGGCUAUUCUUACGAAAAUAAGGCUGCACUAUAUUUUUGUACUCAGUUCCCUAUCCUACUUUUUGACUCCAGGACUGACUACCGGGCAGAGACGAGAGUUAGUUGUGUUUCUUUCGGUCAUAAGCGCACUCAUUUGAUCUUCUCGGUUAACACGCUUGCAGUUAACUCAAAAAUAUUUCAUCAGCCAUUCCCCAAGCUGCUUAAAUUCUAUUUAUAGUAUCAAAUCAAUCGACAGCAGGACGCCUCCUUAGGAUUCAUAAAGGGACCCUUCAAUAAAUCAAAUAAAUUGAAAUAGUUCCUGACAAAAUGUCCCGCGCGAAGUAUAAUCAGUUGUUAUAAAUCAUGUUGUUUUGUUGAUGUUAAUUGAUUUUUCGGUGUUCUGCUUAGGUCCAGAAUACACUUACAGACUUGAACAUUGACUCUUUCUAGUUCGUAAAAUUAAUGUAAUUGUUUUAUUUACUAUGUGUAUACUCUAUCUAUCUCUAUAAGAGACACAUCUUUCAUAUUUGCUUAUGAACUCGAUGGAAAGAACGCUUAAUAUAAUUUUUGUAAAUACUUGACACAGCCUUCUAACAUAGACAGAGGUACUAGGCAGUUUUCUCUCAUAGCAAUAUCCCCUCUUUGGUUCCUCAACGUUUUGCGUGCCUUCGAACACGCACAAAAUGGAUUAGCUGAACUUUUCUCGAAAAUAUUGGCAUUCACGGCUAAAAUUUAUAGCUGUUCUAGAAAACGCGUGAACUACUCCAGCAUCACCAGAGCAUCUGUUUGGGCUAAAAAUUAGUGGAGAGGGCUAAUAUUUUUAUCCUUGGCCAUAUGAGCUAAUGCAUUAGCUGUUUCAGCGAACCCUUUUUUUCGCCGUGAACCCAAUGACAAACAAAUAUGCUUGUCUUGUCUAUAGUAGUUAUUGACGCACGUCGCCGGAGAGAUAACUUGUGAGACAAGUUGACUUGGCGAGGUGAUAGAUUUCUUGACUUACAUGGUAAUCGCGGACGAAAAAGUCACGUCAUGGAUUUAAUUCGUUAAUCUAUUCCCUUGUCUAUGUCCGUCCCGCGCCCCCAAUCUCGGAUACAAAUAAUGACACCUUCCGAUCGCGGUCCCGCAUAAAAUACCGAUUACAUUUUGCAUGUGUCUUGAGCGCUUCCAUAGCCCCCCUCCUCCCCCUCCUCCUCCUCACCCUCCUCACCCGUUCGACACCUUGAUCUAAAUCGCGCGCUGUUGGAGACUCGCGCGUCUGACGCCCACGCCCCACGCAGCCCGCCGCCCCUCUGCAGUUGGCGCCGAGCGAGCCGAGGCCGACCGACGCAGACUGGCAAACUUGCGUGGGUCUCACGGAACGCGGGUGCGGCUGAACUGCGUCGUGCGGCCCGCGUUUCAGUGGAAGUUGUCGCUCUCUCUCUCUCCCCCCCCCCAAAUGAGAAGUCCCCUUUUGUUCCAUACUUCAAUCAAAUUGUUUAGCUUAGUGUACCAUAUAAUAUUGUUGGAUGUAAGUUUUAGUAUAGGAUUAAUAAAUAGAUGAACGCCAUAAACAAAUCGUUUCAAAGA